CACACACAUACACACACGCUGAAGAAGAGCGUCCCUCAGUGUCAAACACACACACACUGUACCUCCGGCCAUCGCGUGGUGAGGACCUCUUCUGCCGUCGGUCCGUCGCUGCGUCCUCAAAGGCCUCCUCCUCCUCGCGACCAGGAGUUUCGUUCGCGCGAGCCGUCGGGAUUUCGACGCCGACCCUUCGCCUCGUGAGCGCCCUUCUGCCCCUCCGUCGCCAGGACUCCCCCACUGUCGCCAUGGGGCCGAGCCACGCUAUCCUGCUGGCGACGCUGCUGGUGGCUGGCGUUUCUGCCACGGCCACCUUCGACAAAGCCCUGACGUCUUCGGCGCGAGCUGGGGUGAAAGAAAACAAGAUUUUCUUCACCUUCCAAGACAUCGCGCCCCCACGCCGCGCCUCCUCGGCCUCAGCCACCAAGCAGAGCCUCCUCUCCCUCGCCUUCCCCGGACUCAGCCGCUUCGGGAUCCUGCUCGACCGUGCCCAUGGCAAAGUGAUCCUCGAGAGCGUGGUCGCGGGCGAGACGCAGCUCAAGGAGAUCCAUUCGCCGCAGGUGAAGCCCCGGGCGCGCCUCAGGUCGCUGGUGCUCGAGCUGGACCAGGAGGCGGCGCUGGCCAACGUGUACCUGGAGUGCAAGCUCCUGGGCUCCGUCGAGCUCCCGCUCUCGCCCAGGGAGCUGACGGAGGAUACGGAGGCCCUCAGGGUGUACCGUCUGCGGCACCUGGACGUCAGCAUGGACUGGGACACGGACAUCCUGGAGCUCCUGGAGAAGGUGGGCUGCUCGGACGGCGAAGACACGGGCUCCGUCCAAGCUCAGGGCAACGAAGUGUACACCUACAGGAGAGCUGCGAGGUGUCAGAACCUGCAGUUCGGUGAACCUUGUCCCAUUUUCACGCAGCCCGUCACCCCUCUCCACAGAGGUGGCCACUCCAAUGGUGGCCGUCAGGGCGGUUCGCGCUUUUACGGAGUUCGCUACUCCCAAAGUGCAAGCCUGAGAACUCCCGCUAUCCGGAGGUCCCAGAGCCCCGCUCGGAGCCACCAGGAGGUGGUGGGAGCCAAAGAGCUUUUCGUGGAGCCGUACAAGUCAGGAGACAUUCCCGUCACCCACGAGGAAGAGACCAGCACGAUGCUGGUCAAGACGCUCAGCGAACUCAUCAACACAAUCAAGGAACUCCAGGUGGAAAUCCAGACUCAGCGUGAGGAGACCGCCCUGCUCCGGGACGCCCUCCUCAACUGCGAAGCCUGUAAACCGGAUAACGACCCGUGCUCUCCGAACCCUUGCUUCCCUGGCGUGUCCUGCACCCGAGGGCCUGAAGGAGCUCGAUGUGGCGCCUGCCCGAGGAACUUUGUCGGAGACGGCAUGAACUGCGUCCCCGGCAUCACCUGCGCGGACCGGCCCUGCGCUCGCGGCGUGCGUUGCUUCGACAUGAGCGACGGCUACCGGUGCGGCCCGUGCCCUCCGGGACAGACGGGCGACGGCAAGGUGUGCAACCCCAUCAGCGCCUGCGACCCCAACCCCUGCUUCCCCGGCGUGCAGUGCACCAACACCAACAGCGACCCUUACUUCCGCUGCGGGCCGUGUCCUCCGGGCUUCACCGGGGACGGCAUCUCCUGCUCCGACAUCGACGAGUGCGACUUAGCUCGACCCUGUGACCUCCGCGUCAGAUGCAUCAACAUGUCUCCGGGCUUCCGCUGUGACGCAUGUCCGGCCGGCUUCACGGGGUCGCCAGGCCUACAGGGUAUAGGCAUAGAGUUCGCUCGCCAGAACCGUCAGCGCUGCUACGAUAUUAACGAGUGCGGCGACGGCAACGGAGGCUGCGUUCCCCACUCGCAGUGCAUGAACACGGAGGGCUCGUACUACUGCGGCGAAUGCAUCGAGGGCUUCGUCGGCAACCAGACCGUUGGCUGCCACAACCUGCCUGGCCUGUGUCCUGACGGGAAGCAGUGCGACGGCAACGCCAACUGCAUCAAGCCCUUCGGUCUCAAUCACUACGUGUGCGAGUGCAAGGUGGGCUGGGCUGGCGACGGGCAGACCUGCGGGCCGGACCGCGACCUGGACGGCUGGCCGGACUACGACCUGGGAUGCGAGGAUCGCCGCUGUCGCCAGGAUAACUGCGUCAAGACACCCAACUCCGGCCAGGAGGACUCCGAUAACGAUAACAUUGGUGACGCUUGCGACGACGACGCUGAUAACGACGGUAUUCCCAACAGUCCGGACAACUGCCCGCUGGUGUCCAACCCAGACCAAGACGACACAGAUCCCGGCGGCCCCGACACGCAGGGCGAUGCUUGCGAUAACUGCCCGACCAUUCCCAACUUGUAUCAGGAGGAUAACGAUAAGGACGGCAUUGGCGACGCCUGUGAUCCCGAUAUUGAUAACGACGGCAUACUCAACCGUCAGGACAACUGCCCGCUGACGCCCAACGAGGACCAGAAGGACACAGAUCGCGACGGCCUUGGAGACGCCUGCGACAACUGCCCCGACGUCCGCAAUCCCUCGCAGGAGGAUAUCGACAAGGAUCUUGUGGGAGAUUUGUGCGACAGCGAUAUUGAUAGCGAUAAGGACGGCGUCCAGGACAACAUGGACAACUGCCCCAACUCGCCCAACAGCGACCAGCACGACGCGGACGAGGACGGGCGCGGCGACGAGUGCGACCCCGACGCCGACAACGACGGCAUCCCCAACAACAUCGACAACUGCCACCUCGUCCCCAACCCCGACCAGCGCGAUUCCGACGGCAACGGCGAGGGCGACGCGUGCGACGGCGAUCAGGACAAAGACGAUGUGUUUGACUUCCAGGAUAACUGCCCCAACAACUCCAAGAUCUACGCUACGGAUUUCAGGACAUACCAGACCGUCGUGUUAGAUCCCGAGGGAGACUCCCAGAUCGAUCCCAACUGGGUCAUUUACAACAAAGGCGCUGAGAUUGUCCAGACCAUGAACUCUGACCCCGGUCUUGCUGUGGGCUACCAUAGGUUCGGCGGCGUCGAUUUCGAGGGCACCUUCUUCGUCGACACCGAGAUCGACGAUGACUACGUAGGCUUUAUAUUCAGUUACCAAGACAACGGCAACUUCUACACGGUCAUGUGGAAGAAGAACACGCAGACGUACUGGCAGGCGACGCCCUUCCGAGCCGUGGCCGAGCCCGGGAUCCAGCUGAAGCUCGUCGAGUCGUCCACGGGCCCGGGGCAGAUGAUGAGGAAUUCGCUGUGGCACACGGGAGACACGGAGGACCAGGUCAAACUUCUGUGGAAGGAUCCGCGCAACGUAGGAUGGAAGGAGAGGACCGCCUACCGAUGGCUCCUGCUCCACCGUCCCAAGAUCGGUCUGAUUCGCCUGCGCAUCUUCGAGGGCGAGAACAUGGUGGCCGACUCAGGGAACAUUUACGACAACCAGCUGAAGGGCGGCCGCCUAGGUGUGUUCUGCUUCUCGCAGGAAAUGAUCAUCUGGUCCGAUCUCGUCUAUAGGUGUAACGACCACGUUCCCGAGAGCAUCUACAACCAGCUCACUCCUGAGCUCCAGGGGCUGGUCGACAUCGACGUGAGCCGACCGGUGCCCAACGGCCUCUAAGCGAGCGAGCGGGAAGGCCUACGACUAGUAGUAGCGGGGAAUGGCAAGCUACUACGGCUAUUUGGGAAAAAAAGGUCACAGAGAAAGAAAAUCAGGAACUAAAGAAGAAGUAUUUAUAGUCAGAGGAAGACAAGUAAUGGCGGAUGAUGGAGGUUGCAAUUUAAUAAAUUGUCUCGAAAGAUGUCCGGGUGGUCUUGGCUUUGGCUUCGGUAUCACGCUAUUAACGGACUAUCAAACAGCGAAUGCGUUCGAAAGCGCGCACAAGUAUGCCUGAGGAACUGUCUGGAGAUCGAACAGGACGACGUCUGAAGGUUGACCGAAGUCACGCCAACAAGGAAUCUCCUGAGGAGGCCUGGCCCUCCUCUCGUCCUCCCGGGUGUUCGAUGACAACACAGCUUGUAAUUUUUCACUCUAAAAAUCACAAACCAUAAGACUUACUUUAGAAUAUUUGAAUUAGAAAGAUCUAUCUGAGGUUAUGACAUAUUUUUAAGGUAAUAUGUACAUUUUGAAGCAACGGUCAAGCCGUGUACAUAGCUUUCUUUGUUUACAGCACGUUCGUUUCAUACUCGUAUUCAGGCUCGGUUUAUGAUUAGGUAGAAUCAGUUAUUCAUUGGCGCAUCUUAACUAAGCUUGGUUCCUAUUGGCUGGAAGUCUUCGUCCUCUGCUUAGGGUUGCUGAGUGCUAUCAUUAAGUUUAAUCAUCGAUGGACAGCGUCAUUGUUAAGCUUAUCGUCAUUAGCGUGGAGGCGUAAGGGUGCUUCUUGUUAUUGUUAGGCUGCUGUUAUAACGCGUUCUGUUUUAUUUGUUAUCGUUGCAUUAUUGUUUUGAUUGUCUUCUUUUUUAUUAAUUUACCUAUUUGUUUCUUUACGUUGGUUUUAUUUAUGCGUUUAAGAAAAUGUUAUUUUAUUGUCUAUCCCUUUCUUAAAUCAGCAUUCAGCCUUGGGACGCGGGCCUCAUGCAAGCGCUGCCUUUUUUUUCCCAAACUGUUGCCUUUUGAACUCGAAAUGAAUACCAUUGCUGGGUAUGUAGCUUAACGAAGUCGUUUAUAGAAAGACAGAUUAUACCGUUGCCUUAAACUACAGCCAAAAAAUCUUGUAGAAAAGUCGAGUAUGUAGAUUAGCGCCUUAACGAAUUUUUGUUAUUUUUUUGUUUUUGUUUUUUUUGAAGUAAUAGUAAUCUGCUGUUUCUGUUUUUGCAGAUUAAUUGAAAUCUUAUUUUUUUCAUAUAAUAUUAUAAUGUAACAUAUCAAAUAUUCAUGUCAUAUUAAUAAGGAACAUCUCGGUAUUUUCUUCAUUCCAGCGAUUUUUUUCUAGACAUUUAUUACAAUAAAAAAUUAUUACGUGACUUAAUUAAGUGUAGUGGAGAGAGACUGAUUUGCUCCAGUGGCAUUGGCGAAGCAGUUGUGAAGUAAAGAUAAGGACUUUGUCAUUAUGCAAAACCAAGGAUUGUGUGAGAUUUGUUUACUUAUAAUAUUUACUUAUGGAGACUAAAAAACUCACAAAAUUCUUAGAAUAAGUGUUGUUGUUUAAAUGUUCACUUGUUGUUUUUUUCCAUCUAAUUUAACGCUUAGUUUAUUUAAGUAGAUUUUAACCAUUUUUUUUUCAAAA